AUGUCUGAGGAUCAAGAGAAUUUAGCACCAAUGUCACGAUUACCUCGAUUGGCCUCAUCACCCGCCAGACCAUCUUCCAUACCUACCCUCAGCUCAGCUCCAUUGAUAUCAUCUGGCAAUGCAAACAAAAGGAAACUGCCUUCAUCACCAUUAGCUCCGCCAUCUGUCAAACGAGCGGUAUCUGGAUCAAGUUCCGGGCUGAGAUCAUCGCAAAGAGGGGGAUUCGUUCCCUCUGCCGUCCAGAAACCCUCCUCAACUGGUAGACCUGCAACAGCUUUCGGAGAACCAACAAAUAGGAGAACAGGAAGUACAGGAAGUACAGGCAGUGCUGGUUCUUCAUCCACAUCGGCAACUACCAGAGCUAGAACGGCUGGGACCGUGGCCAAAAGACCACCUGUCAGCGCAAGUUCGACUACGACUCGGAAUGAGAGUACGCUAGGGAGAAGUAUGGGACCGGGUGCAAGAGCUACUAGUAGAGGUGUUAGUCCUGGUUUGCCUGGUCCGUCAACCGCCAGAUCAGCUAUAGGGAGUGGAGUAGCUAGUGCUGCACAGUUCAAGAGCCAUGAUGGAAGACUUGAGAAUGUUGAGAGGAUGGUAGGAGGCUUCAAGGAUUUGUUGGAACGAGAGUGA